CCUAUCAUUUGUAGGAAUAAAGGCUGAACCUGAGCUGCUGAUCUGAAUGCCAUCAAAGCUGGUCAAGAUGCAAAACCUAAGGAAACUAAAAUGGGCCGUUGUCUGGGAGAUACCACAGUGCAGUUUGAAAAAGCUGAAAACUCAUCAUUAAAUCUUGUGGGGAAAUCUAAAGGAAAAGUAUCUCGACAGUCUGUUUUCAGUCCAGACUGUGACUUUCAGAAAAUGGGAAUUGGUGGUAUGGACAAUGAAUUCAGUGUCAUCUUUAGGCGAGCUUUUGCAUCACGUGUUUUCCCUCCUGAAGUUGUUGAGCAGUUAGGUUGCAAGCAUGUGAAAGGAAUCCUGUUAUAUGGACCACCGGGUAUGGGGAAAACUCUAAUGGCUCAUCAGAUUGGAACCAUGUUGAAUGCUUGUGAACCAAAAAUAGUUAAUGGACCACAGGUUUUGGGCAAGAAUGUUGGUGAAUCUGAGGCUAAUAUUCGUCGCCUGUUUGCAGAUGCAGAAGAAGAAGAAAAACUGGUGUUUGAUGAUGCCUAUCGCUCACAGUUGAGCUGUAUAUUGGUGGAAGACACUGAACGUCUCCUUGAUUACUAUCAAAUUGGACCACGUUAUUGUAGCCUUACACUGCAGGCACUCCUCGUCCUUUUGAAAAAGCAACCUCCAAAAGGACGAAAACUUCUGAUUCUAUGUACAAGCAGCAGGAGUGUUCCAGAAGCUGGAUUUGCUUCCAUCAUCAGGCACAGAGGGGCAAAUGAUCCUACUCAGUUUGGCCUGUUGAAGACAGAGCAAGUCUCAGUCAUCAUGUACUUAAAUUAGUAUUGCUAGAAAUCAUAAUGUACUAUAAAAACACAUGGUAAAGUGCUGCUCCAUAGAGAGUUCUGUGGCUUUCGCUGCAUCAAAUUUUGGUAUUAAGUCAGUAUAGAGGUGAUUUUUAGGUAGGCUGAGAAUGUCUGCCUUGUAUGAAGAGAACUUAAUGGAGAUUAGUUUGAUUUGAUGCAUCCCAUAUUACUAUCUGUAUCCCUUAUUGAUUAUGCUACAUAGUCAGAUAACAUGUCUAUUCUGAGAAAAUUAAUUUUCUCUGUGACAUAUUUCUGUUCUCUGACCAUUGGGUCCAUGCUUGUGUUGAUUUUCUGUGUGUUGUGCUUACAUAUCACUUAACAGCCAUAUUGGAUGAGAAGAAACUUU